GUAGAUUGUCUUGUUUUUCUUCCAAAAAUUGCAAAAAAAUAAAUUCCGAAAUUUAAAGGCAUACAAGAAUGGCUGAAGCCACACAUGACACUUUAGGACAUCCAGACAGAAACUGUCAUGUUCCCACGCCUUUCUUUCGUUCUCCAUUUACUGAUUUAACAGGAUCACUUCUCAACACUCAACAUUAUAGCAAGUGUGGUCCAAUAGAACUGAAAAUGAUGGAAUGUUUGGAAGCUUAUGGCAUUGAAAGAGGAAAGAAGAAAUGUGCUGAUUUAGUUGAUGAUUAUUUUGAGUGCUUUACAAUGAGAAAACAGCAGUUAAGGACAUUGAGCUAUAUUAUCAGAUUUUAUAAAGUAGCACUUGCAUCUUUUUCAAACAAUACAAUGUCUUCGGUACAAAGAGUUCAGCAAUGGGCUACUUUUGCAAGACAAUGGCAUAUCUUUGAUGCAGCUUGGCAAAAUCCAUAUGAAGCAGCACCGCUUAUUACAAAAUAUUUAAGAGGAAUGCACAAACCUAUUUGCCAUCCUUUAAACGAUUCAGGAGAUCAUGUUGUUGUUAUAAACACAGCAGAUAUUGCAUUACCUGGUGAUGAAUGGAAACAAAGAGCAUACUUUCAUCAUACUGGUUACCCAGGUGGUGCAAGUUGGACUUUGGCUUGGGAACUUCACUCGAAAGAUCCAACUAUGAUUAUUAAAAAAGCUGUUUACCGCUGUAUUGGAAUAAGUCUUCAAAGACGUCAUACUAUGCAACGUCUUCAUCUUUUUAAAGAUGCUAAUGUUCCAAAAGAGAUUUUAGAGAAUGUUACAAAUCAAAUCAGACAACAACGGCCUCGUUUAACCAGAGACAACGUAUUUAGUUUGAGGGAGAAAAAAGCUUUAAAUAUGGUCAUGGCAGAAAAUUCUAUGCACCAUUGUUACAACCGACAUGAAGGAUUUAUUCAACCAACUUUAGUUGAGAAUCGCCAUCAUUUUGAUUUCAAAUUUGAUAAUAAUAUAAUUAAAACUGAACUUAAAAAAUCGAGUUGUGUAGGAUGUGGAAGAGAGAUUCAAGAUCAAUAUAUAUUGCGAGUUGCACCGGAUCUUGAAUGGCAUGCAGCAUGUCUAAAAUGUCAGGAAUGUCAGCAAUUUUUAGACGAAAAUUGCACAUGUUUUGUUCGUGAUGGCAAAACUUACUGCAAACGCGAUUAUGUUCGAUUGUUCGGUACAAAAUGUGAUAAAUGUGGAUGUUCGUUCAGAAAAAAUGAUUUCGUUAUGAGAGCAAAAACGAAAAUCUAUCAUAUCAAAUGUUUUCGAUGCACUGCAUGUGAACGGCAAUUAAAACCAGGCGAUGAGUUUGCACUUCGUGAAGGAGGCACACUUUAUUGUAAAAACGAUCAUGAUCAAAUUGAGAGAAUGAAAAUUGAAGAAGCAUCGACACAUCAUUUGAUAGAGCUCAGCACUAACAAUCGAAAAUUGUCAGUUUCUCCAAACAAACAAAAUGUUUGCAAUAUUAAAAAUCGUGGUGCUUCAAGCGACUUUGGAUCGAUCACCGAUUCGGAAAGCGAAACAGAUUCUUUAACGUCACAUCAUCGUGAAAAAUCAUCUCACACAAUUAAUGGCAAACCAGCCCGUGUGAGAACGGUGUUAAAUGAAAAACAGCUCAGCAUGCUUCGGGCGUGUUACCAAGUAAAUUCAAGACCUGAUGCACUUGUUAAGGAACAACUUGUAGAGAUGACUGGACUUUCACCGAGAGUUGUUCGCGUUUGGUUUCAAAAUAAAAGAUGUAAAGAUAAGAAAAAAUCAUUAGAAAUGAAAUUACAAAUCCAACAAGAAAAGGAAGGAAAAAUCAGUUAUAUGAAUGGAAUCCCUCUUAUUGCUUCACCUCCUGUCAAACAUGAAUCACCAUUAAACUAUCAAGGCUACGAAGUUACCAAGUAUCAACCACCAUGGAGAACCUUCUCAGAGUUUGCGAUACAAAAUGAAUCUGACGAUUGCUUGCAAACUCCUGGGUUUCAACAUCUUGUGAAUCAACUUCACGGUUAUGAUUUGGGAGAUGAAACAAACGUAAGCAAAAGCAAUUAUCAUGAACCUGAUUGGCAUAAAAAUCGCGACAGCAUCGACUCAUAUCAAGAAAGUGAAGAAAAUCAUAAAGAAAGGAAUAAUUUGAGAUUAUUAUUGACUUAUAAAUCUCAAGUCAUUGACAAAAGAAACCCGGAAAAGAAAAACGUUAAUCAAAAUUUAUUCUAUAUGGUAAUGGCGGAGAUACAAAAAGGUGGCCCCAUGGCACACCAGCUUCCUCUGCAUAAUCAUCGCGGUGGAUUAGUUCAACCAUCUCUAGUUGUGAAUCAUCAUCACAUCGUUGAUACUGAUUGUAAUCAAAUCGGAAUUGACAUCGGCACAACAAACAUAAAAAAACAGCGAAUCUCCAAUUGCGUGGGAUGUGGAGGGCAAAUAUAUGAUCAAUACAUUCUAAGAGUAGCCCCUGAUCUCGAAUGGCAUGCAGCAUGUCUAAAAUGUCAAGAGUGUCGACAGUUCUUAGAUGAAAGUUGUACAUGCUUCGUUCGUGAUGGCAAAACUUACUGCAAACGCGAUUAUGUUCGAUUGUUCGGCACAAAAUGUGAUAAAUGUGGAUGUUCUUUCAGCAAAAAUGAUUUUGUAAUGCGAGCGAAAUCAAAAAUAUUUCAUUUGGAAUGCUUUCGAUGUACAGCUUGUUCCCGCCAUCUUAUUCCAGGCGAUGAGUUUGCACUGCGAGAUGGCAACACAUUAUUUUGUAAAAUGGAUAAUGACGCCCUUGAUAAAUUGGCACAAUCUGAAAAUGAAACAUCAGCAAUAGAUUUUCGAGAGGGAUCAACCCAAGUUGUGACGACUACAAAUAGUGCUAACAACAGUUCGGGAAGCAACAAUAAUUCUAGUGAAUUUGGCUCAAUGUCAGAAUCUGAAAGCGAGUCGGGAUCACAUAAAAAUGUUCGGGUUCGAAGCGGAAAGCCGCCAGGGUCAAAUGAUGGAAAGACGCGCGUUCGUACUGUGCUUAACGAGAAACAGUUGCAUACGCUGAGCACAUUUUUCAAUGCAAACCCUCGACCCGAUGCACUCAUGAAAGAGCAGCUUGUAGAAAUGACCGGCCUUUCACCAAGAGUCAUCCGAGUUUGGUUUCAAAACAAACGUUGUAAGCAUAAUAAGAAGACAAAUGCUCUCAAAAUUCAAAUGGAACAAGAAAAGGAGAUGAAGCAAAUUGGAUAUGGUCGUAUGCAUGGUGUUCCACUUAUCGCGACAAGUCCUGUUAGAAAUGACGAAUCACCAAUUAAUUUACAUGGCUUCGAAGUGACAUCAUUUCAACCACCAUGGAAAAUGAUUUCUGACCUUGCAAUGCAUGCAGAUUCGAAAAACAAUCAAAUGCAUCAAAUGCAUUCUCCUGCAUAUCAAGAUAUUGUAAAUCAGAUUUCCUGUCAUUUCCGAGAUGUUAGCGUUUAAGUUUUCAACAUAAUAUCUGCUGCUGUUUAUUGGUUUUCCAAGAAAACUUCAUCAAAUAAUCGUAUCUUCUUAAAUUAUAUUUGAUGGCGAUGAUGAAUUGUAACAGAACUGAUGGAUUAGGAAUUGUUUUACAAAAUAUCAAAAUAAUUAUCCAACUAGCAUCUGGAUGUGAAAAUCAUUUAAUUUGUAUAAUAUUACAAGAUGUUUGUCGUUUCUUCAUAAGAUUUAAAGACUUCAGAAAACAUUUUGAAUUCUUGAAUUAAACACACGUAAAAAUUUAAACUAAAGAAACCAAAUUUUUGUUUUGGAAAAUAAAAGAACC